CCACAAGAUGGCAGAAGUGACUGUACUCGUCAGCCCCACGUCGAUGCGUCCCCGCUCACCCGCCCUGGGUUUCAACCUCGCCUUUGGCCGUCAGAGUCAAAAUGACCUCACUGCCUGCAAGCCCGUCAUGGUCACCCUUGAAAGACCUCCACCAGACCUGCCCGCCCCAAAACCCACUCUGUCUGUCGCCGUUCCAGCACCAGGAGAAUCCGAACCAGACGGAACCAGCACCAGCUUUCCCUCGUCUGCGCCCUCUUCACCUGUAGCACGCAGCCGCGCUCCCAAGUACGAUCAUAACCUCUUGUCUCCCCCAAGGAACACUUGGAAGAGACCGGCUUCCCCUCCCAAGAGACCCUUGUCUGCACCACCCACAAGGACUACUUUUGACGCUAUCGAGCAGAGCGUGAUCGAAGUUCCCAAGGUCGCCGCACCAAGGCCCAUUUUCAAUCGCAGGGCGUUCACCACUUCGUGGACUGCCAGUACCAAAGGCCAAGUUUCCAGGCCGCCCCUCCGUCCUACUACUUUCUGGCGUAACACAAAACGUUCCGGCGUUACCAGCGCGUCCUACUCCCCAUCUUCCUACAUCAUCCGCCGCUCCACCUUCAUCGCCGCAGGCCUCGACCUUGACAAGCCCACCGCAGAUCUCUCAGCCCUCUGCGUCGAGUCCCGUGUCGGUCUCAUCGUCCUCGGUCCCCAACACUCAGGUUUCCAGUAGGCCCAGUAUGAUCAUCAACGCGACCCGUAGUGGUGCGCCCACAGACCCUUACUUUACCCCUGCACCCACACCCACAUCCACCAUGAAUCUAAAUUAUCAUCACUAUGCGCGUCAAGCAACCAGCCAACCUCCGAGCACGGACACACCCUCGGACUACUGGUGGCCAUACCCGCCUUGGGGCGCUUCUUCCACUCCUCCCGCUUCUACCCUCGCGGCCGGAGUGGGAACUGAUAUGACUACACCUAUACCCAUCACGACCAACCCGGAUUCCACUCCCACUCUUACUUCCAUCAUGAAUACCAAUCUUGCAGCAUAUACCCAACCCAAUACCAUUUCCAUUUCUAAUGCAUAUACCACAUCAUCUGCCCCCGCCUCCGCCUCCCCGUCCCUCGACCCGGCCUCCCAAAACCAAAACACCAGCAACACCCCC